GAGGAAAUGCAGCAGCUAGAAUUGACCUGUCAACUGGCCUCCCCUUCUCCCACGACGAAAGACGCCACCACUUAACCUGAUGAAGACGAGCUGUCGGGGUUUAUCAUGUCAACACUAGCCGUCUGGUUAGUCUAGGACAGUGUCCUCCCUAGACUCUGCCCGUGGAGUCAACCGGACAGCUCCCUUUUCCUCCCUAAACUCCCAGCCAGCCAAACAAAGCAUCCCAGUGGCAGCCGAGGCACCCAUCCGGGGUCCACAACCCGUCACUAAUCGCGACUAAAACCACCACUAAAGGUGCCACAACCUCCACUCGGGGUCAGGCCGCCCCUGUUCCUUUUGGCAACUAGCCUAUGAUCGACGGCGCGGCAUUGGGGCAGCUGCGUCCGGCGUAGCGAAUCGUUGGCCAGACGGACGUUGACAGCGCACGAGUAACCCGGUCUGAUUGCUCGUUAUUAAGGGAAUCUCCAAGCCCGGUCCGGCGUCUUGUAGGAUUUUUAUUUUGUCCCUUUUCUGAUCCUUUCCCACCUUUCUCCUCUUGGGUGGUUUUAUCUUCUUUCGACGCGUUGUUGAACCGACUGAUCGUUGUGUUCAUUUCUACGACCCGUGGUUUGUGAUCUCGGGACGCGGGGGAUAUAAUAAUCGUAAUAAUCUUGUCCAAAUCGAUAUAUAUACGGAACGAGAAGCAGAAAUUCGUGCGACCCACCAUCAUAAUGUCCGCCGAGAGCCAGCCCCAAAGCCAGGCGCAACCGCAGCACCUGGAACCGGAGCCCCAGCAUCUGGAACCCCAGCAGCGCAGCCCGGCCAUUAUCGAGCCUGAUGACAACCAAAGCGAUAACGAUUCCACAUUUGCCGGCUCAAUCGGCGACGCCAGUUACACCACGAGUAUCACCUCCAGCGCGUUCAACUAUCAGUAUGUUAACGGCCGCAGAUACCACUCGUACCAUGAGGGAGAAUACAUGCUGCCCAACGACGAGCAGGAGCAGGACCGCAUGGAUCUGAGCCACCACAUCUACCGCAUGCUGCUGAGCGGCGAGCUGACCCGUGCGCCCGUCAAGAACCCCGCUCGUGUGCUGGACAUCGGUACGGGGACGGGUAUCUGGGCGAUCGACUAUGCCGACGAGCACCCCGAAGCGGAAGUCAUCGGAAAUGACCUCUCCCCGAUCCAGCCCUCCUGGAUCCCCCCCAACUGCCGCUUCGAAGUCGACGACUACGAAGCCCCCUGGUCCUACAGCCAACCGUUCGACUACAUCCACGGCCGCGAGCUGGAAGGGUUCGUCCGCGACUACGACCGUCUGUUCACGCAGGCUCUGGCCAACCUGAAGCCCAACGGAUGGUUCGAGAUCGCCUCCAUCGAAGUCAUCUCGACCUCCGACGACGGCACCCACCACAAGGCCAAGAACCUGAUGGAAGCGGUCGACAACAUGCACGUUGCGUCCAACGAGUUCGGCAAGAGCAUGACGACCGUGAAUACUUGGAAGAGCCGCAUGGAGAAGGCUGGGUUUGUCAAUGUGCAUGAGGAUAUUUACAAGCUCCCCCAAUCCCCCUGGCCCAAAGAUCCCAAGCUGAAGGAAAUCGGCCGCUACCACCAAGUCAACAUGUUCGAGGCGAUCGGCCCCUACACGUACGCGCUGUUCACGCGCAUGCUGGGCUGGCCGCGCGAGCGCAUCGAAGCUCUCGUUGCGGGCACCAAGAGUGAGCUCAAGGAUCUGUCGAUUCACUUGUACACCCGGGUGCAUGUUAUUUAUGGUCAGCGUGCGGCUGCUUAGGUGCUUGGUUGGCUUGUUUUGCGCUGAGCGUUAGUAUUCUAUCUCUAGGUUACUUGUCUACUACCUGUCUGUCUGUCUACUAGUAUAUAUUAUAGUCUGCUGGUAGUAUUGAUCACUCUAUUUGUUAUACGUCUUCUCUUCUGGUGCUAUUGACUACCACAGUAUCGUGAGACCUGUCUUGAUGCCAUGACAGUUUACUGUUCUAUUCCCAUUACUCC